AUGGACUUAAGUGGUAAAGUGGAAGCCAGUCAGGCUGAUGAUCCCUCAGUGGUCCCAAAGGAGCACUCACAAGCAAAACUGCACAAUAAUGAGAAAGAAGGAGCCUUUCCAAGGGAAUUGCCAUAUUGCACAGGAGAAAUCGACUUCAUGGCUUCUGGAAAGAAACGUGGAAAGUUUAUUAAGGUGCCAUGUGCCAUCCACCCUGGAGUUAUAUUUGACGUCAUGAUUAACAAGUGGAACCUUCCUGCUCCCAACCUGGUUGUCUCUUUAGUAGGAGAAGAAGAGAACUUUCAGAUGAAACCUUGGCUGCGUGACACCUUCAGAAAAGGACUGGUGAAGGCUGCGCAAAGCACUGGUGCAUGGAUCUUUACCAGUGCCUUGCGUGUUGGAAUAACAAAACAUAUAGGGCAAGCGGUUCGGGAUCACAUGCUGGCAAGUACUUCCUCCACAGUAAAAGUGGUUGCGAUAGGAAUAACUUCACUGGGGAAAAUUCGCCACAGAGAACUUCUGGAUAAUGCCAAGGUAUAUUUUCCCCUUAUAAGCUACAAAUCUGACCACAGUGCCCAAGGUCCUCUAUAUUUUCUUGACAACCACCACUCUCAUUUUAUCUUGGUGGAUGAAAAAGAUCCGAAUGAGCCGGAUGGGACUACAAGGCUACGUCUCACCUUCGAGAAACACAUUUCAGAACAGCGCACUGGCUACGGAGGAACAGGCAGCAUUGAAAUCCCUGUGCUCUGCUUGCUUGUGAAUGGAAGACCGAACAUACUCGAGCGAAUUUGCAGGGGACUGGAAAAUUCUGCCCCCUGGCUCAUCUUGGCUGGAUCUGGUGGCAUAGCUGACAUCUUAGCUGCACUUAUGAAUGAGCCACACUUAAUUGUGCCACAGGUGGUAGAAAAACAGUUAAAAGAGAAAUUCCCCACAGAGGAUUUCUUGGGGACAGACAUUCUUCAGUGGACUGCGGUGAUCCAAAGCAUUCUUGUCCAGCAGCAGCUUUUAACAGUGCAUAGCUUUGAACAAGAAGGUUCAGAAGAACUGGAUACAGUUAUUUUGAAAGCACUGGUUAAAGCCUGUAAAAGUCAUAGUCAGGAAGCCCAAGAAUACCUGGAUGAGCUGAAGCUGGCUGUGGCCUGGAACAGAGUGGAUAUAGCCAAGAGUGAAAUAUUCAAUGGAGAUGUUGAGUGGAAGUCAUGUGACCUAGAGGAAGUGAUGAUGGAUGCCCUGGUGAAUGACAAGCCUGAAUUUGUCAAGUUGUUCAUUGAUAAUGGGGCCAACAUGUAUGACUUCCUGACCUACAGCCGUCUUCAGAGACUCUACUGUACCAUCUCGCCAAAGUGCCUCCUCUAUUCGCUUCUGCUUAAAAAACAUGAGGAAAGCAGACUCACCUUGGCAGGGAUCAGUGGUCAACAGCACAAGGAAGCAAUGGACACUUGCCCUCUCUUCACUCUUCAUGAGGUUUCCAGGGUGCUGAAGGACUUCCUUCACGAUGCAUGCAGAGGUUUCUACCAAGACCCUAAAUCUGGAAGCAAGAAGAAAGCCGAUAAGAUAAGUGCAAAAAGGGUACCGAGCCCUUUGGAUAUGAAUCAGAAAAGUGAAAAUCCUUGGAGAGAUUUAUUCUUAUGGGCAGUACUUCAAAACCGGCACAAGAUGGCGUACUACUUCUGGGCGAUGGGUCAGGAAGGUGUAGCUGCAGCCCUGGCAGCUUGCAAAAUCCUCCGAGAGAUGUCCCACCAGGAGAAAGAAGCUGAAGUAGUCCGCAAAAUGAAAGAGGCAAAAUAUGAGCAGCUUGCUGUGGAAUUGUUCAGUGAAUGCUACCACAAUAGUGAAGACCGAGCUUUUGCUUUGUUGGUGAGGAGGAACCGGUACUGGAGCAAAACGACUUGUCUCCACUUGGCUACAGAAGCAGAUACCAAGUCUUUCUUUGCUCACGAUGGGGUGCAGGCUUUUCUAACAAAGAUUUGGUGGGGAGAUAUGUCAACAUCCACCCCAAUCCUGAAGCUGAUCUGUGGAUUUGGGUGCCCUUUCCUGAUCUAUACAAAUUUGAUAUCAUUCAGUGAGGAAACACAAUCAGCCCAGGAGCCAGAAUCAUGCAAAGACCUUGACAGCCCGGAUUCUGAAAGGACAUUGCUUUUCCCCAAGGAAGUAGAUAGGGGAGACGCCCAGUUAGAAACCCAAAUUGCUUCUGAAAAUAUAGCAUGUGCAACAUUUGUGUUUACACAAUGGAAAAAAUUCUGGACUGCUCCUGUCACAGUAUUUAUGGGGAAUGUUAUCAUGUACUUUGCCUUCCUCCUUCUGUUUGCCUAUGUCCUCUUAGUGGAUUUUAAACCACCCCCACCAAAGGGCCCAUCCAUCCAGGAGAUUGUACUUUACUUUUGGGUUUUUACGUUGGUCUUAGAAGAAAUCCGACAGAGUUUUUUCACUGAUGAAGAUAUGAAUUUAAUGAAAAAAAUCAAGUUGUACGUAGAAGAUAAUUGGAACAAGUGUGAUAUGGUGGCCAUCUUUUUCUUCAUUGUUGGAGUUACCUGCAGAAUGUUUAAUUCAACCUUUCAAGAUGGCCGCACAGUACUUGCUAUUGAUUUUAUGGUGUUUACUCUCAGACUGAUUCAUAUUUUUGCCAUCCAUAAGCAACUGGGCCCAAAGAUCAUCAUUGUGGAGAGAAUGAUGAAGGAUGUUUUCUUCUUCCUUUUUUUCCUGAGUGUAUGGCUCAUUGCCUAUGGCGUGACCACACAAGCCUUGCUCCAUCCUGAUGACAGUCGAGCAGAAUGGAUCUUCAGAAGGGUACUCUACCGCCCCUAUCUUCACAUAUUUGGACAGAUUCCGCUGGAUGAAAUAGAUUCAUCUCGCAUGAACUUUGAAAAUUGCACACCGAGCCCAAUGGCAAACCUGACAGAUAAUGCAUCGUCGUGCCCAAAUGCCUAUGCCAACUGGCUUGUCAUAGUCCUCUUAGUCAUUUUCCUGCUGGUUACAAAUGUACUGCUUAUGAAUCUCUUGAUUGCCAUGUUCAGUUACACCUUUCAGGUUGUUCAGGGAAAUGCAGACAUCUUCUGGAAAUUUCAGCGUUACAACUUGAUUGUGGAAUACCACGGCCGGCCUGCGUUUGCCCCUCCCUUCAUCAUUAUUGACCACAUUAAGCUGUUUCUUAGACGGAUCUUUAAAAAGACAGAGCACAAAAAAGAGCACCUGGAAAGAGAUCUGCCAGGAGCUCUGGAUCAAAAAAUCAUAAUGUGGGAGAUGCUACAAAAAGAAAACUACCUGGCAAAUCUGGAAACAAAGAAGAAAGAAAGCAGUGAAGAACGGCUAAAGAAAAUGUCAGACAAGGUGAACAAUCUUUCAAAGUACUUUAAUGGUCUGAAAGACCAAGAGAAACGGCUUAGAUCUUUGGAAUCACAAAUCUCCUACUGCACAGUUACCCUUUCCUCAAUGGCAGACACCUUAAGCAACAACAGCUUCUUUUUGAACAAACAACCUAUGAAUUACACACGUUUCAUAACCACAGGCACAAAUCAAACGCCUGCACCAGAAGGCAAUGAAGCUGGAGAAGGCACCCAUCAGUUUGAAGAUGACAUGAUGUACAUCGAUAACUAACGCUACUUGCAGAAGAUCAAACAUUUUGCUGUGUUUUUGAUUGACUUUUUGACAUAUUCAUCAUGGUCUUCAAUUACCUAAAGGGGUUUUUCUUUUGAUGGCCGAGUACUACUCUGUCUUCCGUACCAAACAUAUAAAAAGCCCAUGGAGAAGCAUUGCAUCCAAUUUAUUAGCCUUAUAAAUGCUGACUGAUUGCUUCCAAUAAUCUAUCACCUUCUCAGCUGUCCGAUAUUUAAACUUGUGCUGCUGUUCUAAUUUAUGCCAUGCAAAUAAACCACUCAUGCCAGACCAUUCCAAACCUUCUUAGCAACAGUAAUCAGCAUAUGUACAAAAUACAUUCUGCACAUACUUUUUCCUUCUUGAAGGAAACUAGUUAAAAAAUCCAAUUAUGAUGCAGAGUAUUAAUUUGCAAAUAAACCAAUAUGCUACUUUGACAGAUCUCUGUACUAUUGAGGAAAAAAGCACUUUGGUUGUAAAGCCGCAGCUUUAAGCUUCCACAUAGCACAACUGCCAUUAAAAAAAUGGAUCAUCAGGUUUGCCUGCAAAACAGAGAGCUGCUUAGAAGAACCCAGCAAGGUUCUACCACCUGCAACAACAGUCUUUUACUACUGGCAGUAGUAAAACACUAUUACUGAACAAGCUCUCUUAAACCCUACUGCAGUCACAAGGGCAGGCAAGGUUGGCACAAUAAUCUGGCAUUGUUAUUUUACCUUUAGCAUUUGCUUGCAAGCAGGUACGUCUUCCCAGCAUAGAGAUGCAAUAAUCAGAAAGUGCUUCAUUUGCUGUUAUUUCUGAUAGUGAUGCAGCUAUUAUGCCUGCUAAAGGGGGGGGGGGGGAAUGACCGUAUCUCAUUCCCACGCCUGGUGAACAAUGCAGAAAAUGGACCUUAACUCACCUUUUGGGGGUGAAAGCAAUUUGUCUUUCACCCCCAAAAGGUGACCUACAUCUGAUGGUUCUGAAAAAGAGCAUAGACUUCUUAAUAGUAAAUAAAUAGGACCUCAGAAGCUACUUCUCGCUGGACCAUCAGAUAAAGAAAUCCAGAGUUUAGCCGUUGUGACAGUUUAGAAAAAUUAAUGUUCAGCUAAAAGGGUACAUCUUUCCAUGUGAAGGACUAUUCCAAAAACAUGUCCAGGAUAUAAUUCUGGAAAUGUCACAUGCAUAUGCUCAAUGCCAUAUUGUUAGAUGACAAAAUGUCUCCCUCCAUGGAAUACAGCUACUUGUUUUGAGUUGCAGCUGCAGGUUAAUUGAUGUAAGUAGGACACAAGCACCUAGUCAGCAUUGAAGCAGACCAACUUUUUUCAGAAUUCUACAUUUCCCAAACAUUUCUGAGGUCAUUGGAAGUUGCCACUAGAAUA